GAGCAGCAAGAGGCGGGGGCCUUUCACUUGGACUUGACUUGAUAGCUUGGCAGAAGUUGGCAGCAGCAGAUAAAAGCCCGGGACUUGAGGUCGAUUGUGAGCAUCUCGAUGAGGAAUGGUAAACAAAAUCUCCCGCAAGCGAAGAAGCCGACAGAGGAGAAGCGUGAGAGAGCGGAGGAGGCUCCAGGCCGGAGUCCAGCGGCCAGCCGUUCAACGACCGGCCGUGCACAUGCUAUAGCUAGACUAGCACAUUAUCAAUUUAUCAGACAACGGAGAAGUGCCGGGAGUAAGCGAAGGUCACCAGCUCCAAGCAUAGUCGCGUCUAGCCUGGAUCCUCCCAAUUGCAAAGGCCGCGUCAGGGAUCAGAUGGGCGCGAAAACUGCGCAAGAGGGCUGGUUCCUGAUACUCAAAGCAGGUCGCAAGACUUCAUAUAGGCCAGGCCUAUGACACUCUAGCUGCACAAGCAGCUCAACUCUCAACGAUCCUUCUUUGCCGUUCAUACAACAUUCGCCUACCGUGCGGAGACGGGCGGCAUUCAUCUAUCGUGCAGCAAGAUACACAACAAUAUGGAGAAUAGACCUAAAUUAGCUCUCUAAUAGUCUCUAUAGUCAUCUUGAUGCGUCUAUGCACCCGUCACGCGUCGUGAGCUA